UUAUAGGUGUUUAUCUUGUCAUGACCAUUGUACAAGGUGUUUUUAAUGGACAGCUCUGCAUGCUUUCUAAGGUGUACAUCUUUUUAUAGAAAGGCUGUGAAGCCGCCUGGACAACAGUAUUCAUGAUGUUGCCAGAGGGUUUAAAUCAGAGCUGGCCAUGCUGAGGGAAGGAGUCCAGUGGCCUGUGUAGGAGGGGGCUGGUCUAGGCUGGUUGGGGAAACAGUAUCUACAUGAGAAGUGGUGUGAUAUCAUGGCCAGUGGAAACAGUAGUGGCUUAGGGGCUUCUCUUUUCCGUGGAGCAUUACAUGGCAACACAAGUAACACAAAUAACCUGAGCGGUAACAGCAGCACAAGCAACCAGCAGCAUCACCACCACCAUCAUACAGCAGGCCAUCACUCACAGCAGGGUGGAGUGACCGGGAGUCCUCACAUUCACCACCCCCAACAGCCACAACCUCCUCCACCUCAACCAACUUUAGGACCAGUGACAUUCAGCACAGAAGAGACUUCACGGAACAGAGGCACACCUGGGAGUCCUGACCACAUGUCCACUGUAAUGGCCAAACUUUGGUUUGAUCAUAAUGUAGAAUCAUCCCUGUCAUCUCUCAAGAAAGAAGAGCACGAUAAACGUACAAGAGACCUUCGCAAGCAGCUGGACUAUAUAACAGAAACCAACUGGAAGUAUUCUCCUGUUGAAAAAUACAUAGGCCAACAGUGAUACGCAGAAUUCAAUGACAGUAGUAUAAUGAAUGAUGAACCAGUGUGACUUAUAAUCCAAAGUGAAUUUUUUUUAUUAUAUAUUACUACAAUUACAGUACAGUAUAAAUCUUUAUAUAAAACUCAGGAAAUUGAUAAUGAUCAAGUAUAUUUGCAUAUAGCACAAUGUAUGACAUGUAGUUUAGUACCUGCCACUGUGUGUUACUGUAUACUUGCUGACUAACAACAUCUUAGCAUUUGUCAAAGAGACACAUUUGUAUGUAAUUACCUUUAAAUUUAAAUAAUUUGAAUUAAAUGUCUAAAGUGUUAUGUUCAUGGAAAAUUUUGUCACAACAAUCAAUAUUUUAGAAAAAAGACAUGACUGGAAGUUGAAAAUGCUUCUGUGGAAAAUAAAAUAAAAUAGUGACAUCAAUAGAUGAUGUAUUAGAUUUCUUAAGAGCUGUG